GGAUUAAGGAAGGGCGAUAUCAUCAGCGCAAUAAACAAGCAAAAAACCCAGGGAUUAAACUAUGCAGACGUGCAGCUGCUGAUCAAGAACUCCCAGGAGCAACUACAGUUAGAAAUCACCAGGAGCUCCUGGCCAUUUCCAGCAAACAAGUUUGACAGCGCUGUCACCAACGUAGCCAGUCUGGCUAAAAAUCAAGUUCCCCUACAGACCAUCAAGAUGUGAGGAGCUGCUGCUGAUGAUGAUAUCGACGAGCGCGGAAUAGAAUCUUUUGUUCAAGGGGUAGCAUUGUUUGGGUUGAAUGGCCGUCGUCUACUCCUUUGAUUUUGUACAUGUGCUGUUCCAGCUGUUUGUGCUCAAAGUAAAUCCUCAUUCUAGUAGUCGUAAUAGUAAACGGCAACUGAUAUCCAGCUGUCGAAGUGAAGGGUACAACAGAAGGUCGCACGUCAUACAGCCAGAACACUUUGGCAGAUUAGGUAGCAAGUAGGAAGAUGAACAUGCUGUCGGCUAAACAGGUGGUGUAGGAGAGAUCACGUGGCGGCGACAUACGAAGUCAUCUCCCCAUUCUCGGUGUGCUUGACAUUUGACAUUUGCCGCAGCCAGUCCGCACCUCCGGGGUUGAGGCAGAACUUUGCCGCGCGGAGAAAAUUAGUCGCAAACAACCGCGCGAUUGUUUUCACACGUGACAGGUGGCACAAUGGGUGUGCAAGUUAUGCACGAAUGAGAAGCGAAGAUUAAAUUGUACGUCCAUGGGUACUACACCUAUCUGUAUACCCCGCCCAGUAAAGCGAGGUCUCCAUUUCACACUACUUUCAUUGCUCGCUGUACUUCCUACAGAGUCGUGUACAUGUCUUUGCCUUGUCAUGUGAACAGGCGUGAUGGAGCCGUGUCCUACACUUACUGACGUUUCCGAUUCUUAUGAGUACCAAAGGCCUAGCAAUGAUUAAAUUAUCCAGAUCGUCAACCCUGCCUUAAUGUUGCAGAGAAGGAAGCCUGAAGAGGGAGGCUGGUGUUGGCAUUAAGAGAAGAGAAAUCCCCUUCCAUCCAUGUAAAUGGGGAUAUACCAGAUAGAUCACCCACUGAGUCUCGCUCAAUAAGCACAGGCGACUCAAACGCACAGCUGAAUGCCGCAGACACAUUCGAUACCAGAUUUAGCACCAUCACCUCUACCGCCGCCAACUCCUUCCCUUCCAGCACGGCCCUCACUGGGUCAUCCACUGCCAUGGCUACCACCUAUAGGCCUCCUAAGAAAGAUUUCGUCUGCACAUCACAAGGCAGUCGGAGACUUGCAAGAAUUAUAAAGGUUCCGUCACUGCCCCCAACUGUGCCGCAUGCCUAUGCUGGGUCAGGUGAUUUUCCUCAAUCAUCACAUCACUUCAUGGAUGAGCCUAAUUUAGACACAAAUUGGAGUGAGCAGGAACUUCAUACACAGGCAUCACCAUCACCUCCCAUGUGGUCAAAACGACCCAUCUUGCCUCCAGCUUCUCCAAAGCUGAUGACUCACAACACCACUAAGGCAUUGCCUUUGUUCAAACCCCAGCCUGUUUCGAGGUAUGAGGGGCAGGGUAUGAGUGAAAGCCAAAGUCAGAGUGUCCCACGAGCUUCUAGCGUGGGCAGAGGUGAUUCAAAAUCAAAAGGCAUGAACCUCUUCCGGCGCCAGCAGGAGAAGCUGGCCCAGCUGGGAGCUGAUGUGCAAGAAAUAAAUGUAAGUGAUUCACAAUUUGGAACUUUUGAGCCUCAUCAAGCCUACUCAGCUCAAUCUUCGCCAGGUGGUAUCGUACCAUACACUCCUUCAAGGAGUUUCAGCAUUGAUGAGGGGGCUCGUACAGUGCCAAUUAUUGUUCAGACUGGUACUAACACCGCCAGCAUCGAGGGCUACCGGCCUCGGCGUAUGCGCAGCACUAGCGAGCAUGCAGACUCAUACUAUGUGCGACCUGCUCAUGAUUCUGGCUUUUCGCCCUGGCAGAGUGGUCUGCAAGAACAACCACUUGCUGGGAAGAAUUUCGGGGUAGGCUCAUAUGCUACACUUCCAGCUAAGCCAUUGUCAGGAUUGCAGCAUAAACCAGCAGCUUUAUCACUGCAUGAAAAGGUACCCCCUACUCAGCCUCUCACUGUGGAUGCUGACCAGCCCAUCAACGACUUUGACUACCACAUCUACUCCACCUUGCCCACCAUCAAACCACUGCGCACCAACAACCAUCGUCUGCCCAUAGACCUCCCAGAACUGGAAAAAGAGGCAAAAUUCCGUGACUUUUCCAAACCUUUGUGGGCCAACACUGAUCUGCCUGGACCAUCCCAGCCUAGCGGUGAUGACAGUCACUCUCCCCCCUCAGACAAUGCUGUCUCCAGCUCAGAUUCUCGGGACACCAUCAUAGCACGUAGUGAUGACACCAAACUGUCAGCAUCCCAGACUUCUAUGGAAGUCAGAAAUGAGCCCAAGAUGAUUCCAGUUAAGGUAGUACAUGAAGAAUCUGGAAGAGGUUUUGUCCCAGAAAGACCUGCUGGGUCAGCUCGAGAGAAGAUUGCAGAGUUUGAAUUGCAAGAUCAGCCAUGGGAAAAACGAGUUGUAGAAGGAGCAGACCAUUCCUUGGGCAAUGCAUCUUUAGAGCCUAGGACACUCCAAGAGAAACCACAAGAGCCCCAAGUGAACGGAAUAAAGGGUCCUAGCAUCACACCUUCAGUCAAACCAGGUGUGUGGACGCCAGGGGCCAGUCCCUUGGCGCACAAAUCAGAUGUGGAAAACAAGAAGCAAUACCAGAGCACUCAAAGCCCCCAGAAACCUCUUUGAAGAACAUCCCCUCUGUCUGGAAACCCAGUGGCAGCCCAAGUAGCGUGAAGAAAGAAUUUAGACCUGUUCGUCUUAACACUUAUGUUAAAUCCUCAGCUUCCAGGACUGAGCAAGAGGAUACAGCCCCCAAACCAGAUGAAAGCUAUGCAUGGCAGCCGUCUCAAUCUUCUGAUGCCAGUGAUGUAGCUAGAGUACCAACAAGUUCACUGAGCUAUACACCUUUAACUACCACAUCCUACUCAGCUUUACCAGACUCUCAGCCAACCAU